AUGAUCUGUUUUUACCUACCACACACUCAUCCUUUGAUGAUGCAUGCCUUGCUCCAAACGUCUGCCUCAUUUUUUUUUCCUGUUUUUUCCAUCACGUACCUGCAAAACUUUUCUUGCUUUAAUCAUUCUUUUCUUGGAUUUUACACAGGUAUUUAUUCGAAGCGAUUCUCGUUGCGAUCGAGAAGGAGGCAGUCAAGAGGGAUUCAAUCAAAAGGAGGCAAUCGAAAGGAAUCACAUUGGGAAGCAUUAUCCGCUAUCGGUUAUCCAUCAUCCAGUGUAUCUUAUACACCUACACUACACUAUCUACUGAUAUAUCAGAAAAAACCUAUUGAUUAUCACCACCUCUGUUGA